UGAUAAUUUAACAAGACUAAGCAAAAGACAGCAACUUUAGCUAAAAUGAGACCCUCUUUACCCGUUUCAGAUCUAACUCAUUUCCAAUCCAAAUCAAAUUUAAACUAAAACCCACUUUAAUCACACUCUCUUCUCCCAAAGGGUACACUUCAUUUGAUUUCUAAAAAUGGAUGCAUUAAGAAAACAAGCCUUCAAGCUAAGAGAACAAGUUGCCAAGCAACAGCAAGCUGUUAUAAAGCAGUUCAGUGGAACUGGUUAUGAAAGCUCAGAUGUUGUAGUGAUUGAUGAGGUUGAGAUGCAAAGACAUCAGCAACUGGAGAAAUUGUAUAGGUCAACUCGUGCUGGCAAGGAUUUUCAAAAAGAUAUUGUCAAAGCAGCAGAAACAUUUACAGCUAUUGGGUACAAACAUAUUGAAACAGGAACCAAAUUGGCUGAGGAUUGCUGCAGAUAUGGGACUGAGAAUGCCAAUGAUAACAUAUUGUCCAAGGGUGCAGCCAUAUAUGGUGAGGCUUGUAAACAUGCGGAGAAAGAGCAAGAAGAGUUGAUUCGAUUAGUAUCUACACAGGUCUUAGAUCCCCUCCGAUCAAUGAUUAUGGGUACACCUCUGGAAGAUGCUCGCCAUCUUGCUCAACGUUAUAGUCGGAUGAGACAGGAAGCAGAGACACAGGCAGCAGAGGUUUCCAGGAGACGAGCACGAGUUAGAGAAGCUCCAAUUCCUGAAAAUGUUGCAAAGCUGCAAGCUGCAGAAGCAAAGAUACAAGAAUUAAAAGCAAACAUGGCCGUUCUUGGAAAAGAAGCUGCAGCUGCUUUGGCUGCUGUUGAAGCACAGCAGCAAAGGUUGAGUUUCCAGAGGCUUGUUGCUAUGGUCGAAGGAGAAAAGAAUUACCAUUUGAGAGUUGCUGCUAUUCUCAGUGAGGUUGAAGCUGAGAUGGUCUCAGAGAAACAGAAGAAAGAGUCUGCUCCUCUUGUGAUUCCAUCUCCUAUAAUUCCAUCAGAAAAUGGCUCUGCCUCGGAGAAGAUAUACUUCUUGGCUGAAGCAACACAUGCUUUUGUUGCAGAAACCGAGAAGGAGCUGAGCUUGGCUGUAGGAGACUAUGUUGUUGUACGGAAGGUAAACCCAACUGGAUGGUCAGAAGGAGAAUGUAAAGGAAAAGCAGGGUGGUUCCCCUCUGCAUUUGUAGAGAAGCGCCAGAGGAUUCCUACAAAUGAUGUUACUGCAUAAAAUAUACCAGUCUUACUGGAACUACUUAGCUACUAUGCUUCACCGAGAAAAAAAGGGCUUCAGCUGCGGAAAAACAUUGAUACUUGAAAUCGACAUGCUGUUAUAGCUGCAUAUCACUGUGGGGUUAAACAAGAAGAAAAGGAAUGUGGCUCGGCUUGUUAUCAAUUUUUAAAAAGCGAACAUCUAUUUUGUGGAAUCGCAGGAGAAAGCAAGUUUUUAUGUGCAAUAUAUUAUUUUUAUUGUUCAGACUAAAGAAUCAGAAAGAAUGUGCUCAUAAAGUAAAAUCCUUGUUGUUUUAAAAUCAAAAGAAAAAUUUACCAUCAA